AUGUCAUCAAGGUUACUUUCUCGCAACACUUCCUCUGUCCUCCGUACUGGUAUCCGUCACUUCGGUGGCCACAAGGAGAUCAAGUUCGGUGUUGAGGGCCGUGCCGCCCUCCUCCGUGGUGUCGACGUCCUCGCUUCCGCUGUCGCCGUUACCCUUGGUCCCAAGGGUCGCAACGUUCUGAUCGAGCAGAGCUUCGGUUCCCCUAAGAUCACCAAGGAUGGUGUUACUGUCGCCAAGGCCGUUACCUUGAAGGACAAGUUCGAGAACUUGGGUGCUCGUCUCGUCCAGGACGUCGCUAACAAGACCAACGAGACCGCCGGUGACGGUACUACUACCGCCACUGUCCUCACUCGUGCCAUCUUCACCGAGUCCGUCAAGAACGUCGCCGCUGGUUGCAACCCCAUGGACCUCCGUCGCGGUGCCCAGGCUGCCGUUGAGGCCGUCGUUAAGUUCCUACAGGAGAACAAGCGCGACAUCACCACUUCCGAGGAGAUCGCUCAGGUCGCCACUAUCUCCGCCAACUCUGACGCCCACGUCGGUCGCAUGAUUGCCAACGCCAUGGAGAAGGUUGGCAAGGAGGGUGUUAUCACUGUCAAGGAGGGAAAAACUGUCAACGACGAGCUUGAGAUUACUGAGGGUAUGCGCUUCGACCGCGGUUUCAUCUCUCCUUACUUCGUCACCGAUGUCAAGACGCAGAAGAUCGAGUUCGAGAAGCCUCUUAUCCUCCUUUCCGAUAAGAAGAUCUCCGCUCUUCAGGACAUCCUUCCCUCCCUUGAGAUCUCUGCUCAGCAGCGUCGUCCUUUGGUCAUCAUCGCUGAGGAUAUUGACGGUGAGGCCCUUGCUGCCUGUAUCUUGAACAAGCUCCGUGGCCAGCUUCAGGUCGCUGCCGUCAAGGCCCCUGGCUUCGGUGACAACCGCAAGUCUAUCCUCGCUGACAUUGGCGUCCUUACUGGUGGUACUGUCUUCUCUGAAGAGGUGGACGUCAAGCUCGAGCGUGCUACCCCUGAGAUGUUCGGUACUACCGGAUCUAUCACCAUCACCAAGGAGGACACUAUCCUCCUCAACGGUGAGGGUAACAAGGACGCCGUAUCCCAGCGCUGCGAGCAGAUCCGCAGCAUGAUGGCCGACUCUGCUACCUCUGAGUACGAGAAGGAGAAGCUCCAGGAGCGUCUCGCUAAGUUGUCCGGUGGUGUCGCCGUCAUCAAGGUCGGUGGUUCCUCCGAGGUUGAGGUCGGUGAGAAGAAGGACCGUUUCGUCGAUGCCUUGAACGCUACCCGUGCCGCUGUUGAGGACGGUAUCCUCCCUGGUGGUGGAACUGCUCUCCUUAAGGCUUCCCGUGUUCUCGGUGACCUCAAGAUGCAGAACUUCGACCAGCAGCUCGGUGUCAAGAUCAUCCAGGAGGCUAUCAAGAAGCCUGCUCGUGUGAUCGUCGAGAACGCUGGUGAGGAGGGCUCCGUUGUCGUUGGCAAGUUGAUCGGCGAGUACGGUGAGGACUUCAACCGUGGUUACGACUCUGCCAAGGGUGAGUACGUUGACAUGAUUGAGGCCGGUAUCCUCGACCCCUUCAAGGUUACCCGCACCGGUCUUACUGAUGCCGUCGGUGUUGCUUCCUUGUUGUCCACUUCCGAGUGCAUCAUCGUUGACGCACCAGAGGAGAACAAGUCUGCUGCUCCUGCUAUGGGCGGUAUGGGAGGUAUGGGUGGUAUGGGCGGCAUGGGUGGCUUCUAA